GACAGGAGGAGGAACAGGCCCCACCCUGAGUCCCACCCCCAAGAGUAUGCCCUCUGGCUGCCAAGAGGAAGGGCGACAGAGUCAGCUGGGCUCAGCUUCAAGGGCACCUGAUGCUGCUGGUUAGCCUCCACCGUCCUCAGCUAGCCAGGCUCUGGAGGACAGAGGAAGCUGCAGAACACCACCGACUGCCUACCUGAGCCCAAGCACUAGCUGAUGUCCAUCAGUCCCUCGGCUGGACUAAGGGAGCUGGGGGGUCAUGACCAGUGCAGAAUCCUUGCUAUUCACAUCACUAGGCCCCAGCCCAAGUUCUGGAGAUGGUGAUUGUAGGUUUAAUGAGGAGUUCAAGUUCAUCCUGUUGCCUGUGAGCUAUGCAGUUGUCUUUGUACUGGGCCUAGCCCUCAAUGCCCCGACCCUUUGGCUGUUCCUCUUCCGCCUUCGCCCCUGGGAUGCAACAGCUACUUAUAUGUUCCACUUGGCAUUGUCAGACACCUUGUAUGUGCUGUCACUGCCCACCCUCGUCUACUACUAUGCUGCCAGAAACCACUGGCCCUUUGGCACUGGCUUCUGCAAGUUUGUCCGUUUUCUCUUCUAUUGGAACCUCUAUUGCAGUGUCCUUUUUCUCACCUGCAUCAGUGUGCACCGCUACCUGGGCAUCUGCCACCCACUGCGGGCUCUACGCUGGGGCCGCCCUCGGUUUGCAGGCCUUCUCUGCCUAAGUGUUUGGUUGGUGGUAGCUGGCUGCCUCGUGCCCAACCUGUUCUUUGUGACAACCAACCCCAACGGAACCACUAUCCUGUGCCAUGACACCACUCGGCCAGAGGAGUUUGACCACUAUGUGCACUUCAGUUCAGCAGUCAUGGCGCUGCUCUUCGGCUUGCCCUUCUUGGUCACUCUGGUCUGCUAUGGACUCAUGGCCCGACGACUGUAUCGACCUUUGCCAGGUGCUGGACAGUCAUCUUCUCGGAUCCGUUCUCUGCGCACCAUCGCUGUGGUGUUGACUGUCUUCGCUGUCUGCUUUGUGCCUUUCCAUAUCACUCGCACAAUUUAUUACCUGGCAAGGCUGUUGAAAGCUGACUGCCGGGUACUGAACAUUGUCAAUGUGGUUUACAAAGUGACUCGACCCCUGGCCAGUGUUAAUAGCUGUCUGGAUCCAGUGCUCUAUCUGUUCACCGGGGACAAGUAUCGAAAGCAGCUCCAGCGGCUAUGUAGAGGUAGUGCACCCCAGCCCCGAGUCACUGCCUCCUCCCUGGCCUUGGUGACCCUACAUGAGGAAAGCAGCAGCAGGUGGCCAGACACCUACCAAGACAGUAUCUUCCCUGCCUAUGGGGAAGAGAGAUUAUAACCCUGGGCACUGGCUAUGCAAGGAAGGGGACUCACUGCAGAACAGAGGGGAGGGAGCUCCUUAGUGGCACUUGAUAAGGGUAUAAGCGCCCUCUUUUUAGCCAAAGUUUGGAGUAGUUACUCCCCUACUUUUUUCUCUUUUUCUGUCCCUUCCUAGGGCCACUGAUCCUGUUUCUGGAACCUGCAAGUCUUCCUCAGUGCUCUUUGCCAAUUCUGUUUCCCCAACCAGAGUAGAGAAUUCAACUAGAGGGGUGAAGAGUGGGGAAAUCUCAAGAUGGUCCUGAUACAUACACACAUAUGUAUGUAUGUAUGUAUGUAUGUAUGUAUGUAUGUAUGUAUAAAUGGAGUUAUCCAGAAUUAGGAAGCUAGGAUGUAGCAUAUCACAGAGGCCACAUAUGCCAUAUGUAGCAUUCACACCCAUUUCCUGGCUCCCUCUCAAGGAAAAGAUAGUCUUACUUGACAAGCCCUGUGAGCCUGCCCAGCAGGGCCCCACAUGCCUGAUAGAAGCCUGGUGCUUUUGGACUGAUGAGCAGCCAUGAAGCAGAAUACUGGUCUUGAGUGGUGACC